AUGCAAUUUAGCAGUCAAAGACAUAGCUGUAGACUGUGCUCCUCUGAAAGAUAUUCAAGCACCAAUAAUCUUCAUCAUCGGUGGUCCAGGCCGCGAAAAUAUGAGUCUGGCUACAAAACUCCCCAAAAAAAAAAAAACAACUACGCGUUAAUCGCCCCUUUGAAUUUGUUACGCGCGGAAGUAUUAGCGGGGACGGAAAGAGGCGAGAUCGAGAAUAUUAUGAAGGAGGGUCGUAAUAUACCAGCUGACAUAGUGGUCCAGUUGAUAAGAAGGAAAAUGAUAUCCCAGGCUAAGUCAAUAGGAUUCGUUGUCGUUCGCUUCCCACGUGAUAGGAAACAAACGACGAUUUUUGGAAAGAACGUACAGUCAACGUCGUUAGUGAACUACCUGACGGCACGUGAAAGUAUCCUGGAGGAUCGAACGAAGUCAAGGGCGGCUGCUAACGAGCGAUUUGACGAGACGGCUGAAAUAAUUUAAAGCCGUUUGAAAACGUAUUUCAACACA